AAAUCAUGUAAAUGAAUUUGAUAGUAAAUUUUAAAAUUUUCAGAAAAUAAAAGGAAUUUCCAAUCUUUCAUUUAUGAUUUCAUUUUCACAUGGGUUAUCAACAUCCUUUCACGUUUAAAACAAGAUUGAUACAUGAUAUUGAUAGUUACCAAUCCAAAAAAAUGAAGAAAGUAACCAAGAAAAGAACUAGGCAAGACAGGUAUCAAGUUUAACUCAGAUGAUUUAUAUAAUUAUUUUUAAGUGAUAAUAUUAAAAACAAAAGAUCUACGGCCUACAAGUACUUGCUACAGCUUAGUUUAAGCUGUGAAACACAAAAUCAGACACCCAUUUUUGCUAUAAAUAGACAGGGCCUUCCUUGAAUUCUCAAACCAGAAAAACACAGAUCUCUUAUGGCCUACUAUAGAAGAGGAGACUCCAUCUUUGAUUCAUUCUCUUUAAGUCCUCUGCCAUAUCCAGUUCUACUAAUCCUAGCGGUGACAUCCAUCUUUCUUGGAAUAUCAUGGUACGUUAACUAUGAAUCAGAUAUGGAAACUGCGGAGCAGCAAAUGAGUUGGGUACUUUUUGCCACACCAGUAGUGUUAAUACUCUUAGUUCGUUGGCUGUCAUCUAUGGAAACUUCUGAUAUGCCAUUUAGUUCAUCACCUUGGGACCGUCGCCACCAGACUCACCAUCGCCCUUCAGAGGGUAGCUCACCAUGGGCCGUGGCUGCUUUCAUUGUGUUGCUGUUGAUUUUGUUGCAGUAUCAGUCAGUUUUUCGUGAGAGCUGGCUGAUAUGAUUGUGCUUACUAUAGCACUAUAGAUUGAAAAACUAUGCUAAAAAAAUUUUCUGUUCUAUGGUUGGAUUAUUAGAUCGAAGAUAAAUAUGUAUGCUAGCAUAGAUAGUUGUAUUUAAAUAACACUAAAAAAUAGAAAAGAAGUUGCUUUAAGAUUGGGAUUUGGGUUCAUGUUUAAUAUAUAGUUUCUGAUCGUUAAAGUAGUUCACAUAGAUCAAUAUUGCAGUAGUAUUCUUUUGAUCAUAUAUAUAUUUGUUUUCAUAUUCCUGAAAAAUCAGCCCCUAGCUUGGAUUCUUAGAAAAUUAGGUGGUUUAACCUUGAAGGUUAUGUUGUUUCAGUUCCCAAGACAAGAUAAAUUUUCCUGGAAUAAACCAGAUAACCGUAUUUGAUCAGUUGAGCAGAAGUUUAGUUUUCUUGAAUUGUUUGAAAUGGUUAUUGAAGUCCAAGAUUCAAAGUUUAGCUACUUUUCUUGUGGUAAUUGCUUGAUUGCUUAGAACUUGUUAAUGUUUCUAAAGAUAAGUUCUCUGUAACUUCGAGAGUUCAAAUCUCAGUACUUACAACUGCAGCAUCGUAUAUACAAAAAAAAAUUGUUCAGAAAGAAAAAAUCAAUGAAUUAGUCACACAAUAACUUGGGCAUUACGAUGAUGAAAAGGCCAGACAAAAGCAUGCUUAAUUGUAGCUUUCUUCAAAGUUUGAGGACAAGGGAGAACACAAAACAUACUUUAUCAAACAAAAAUACUAUUAUUAUGUUGUUCAAUGCUGAUCUAUCUCUUUUCAGAAUGUAUUAGCUGUCCUAGUGCAAAAGCAGAGUAGUGGAACUAUUCAGAUUUAAAUGAAUCCUGUCUAGGCAUUUGAAGUGUUUUUGCUGAUGAAAGUAUCAUUGCCUUCCAAUUUGUCUGACGUAACUGUAACAAACUAGCAGGAGGAACAUGAUCCUUAUGAUUCACUUCAAUUUUAAUUAACUCAGAUUCAAUUUUUUCAAUUUCUAAACCAACUUUAGGUAUUACUAGAAUUAAAAUAAACGAAGAGUGAGGCAUGAGGAAUAAUCAGGACCAAAAACAUUCCAAGGACUUUGUAUCUGGUUUUUGAGCCAUGGUGCAAGAGCCGUCUCUGGUUUUAAGCCUUGGCAGCAAUGAUGUAUCAAUCAUUCAAACUUACCACCAUUGGCCAUGUGGUCCAUUGUUAAUCAAGCCGUUAUCCAUCCCAACUGCUUGUAGGGUCGUUGCCAAUUCAAGUCACAUAAUAGAUGGUCGGGGAAUUGAUUGUUGGGCGCUGAAUUAU